CCGCCCGAGAGCUGCCGACAGCAACGAAGACAAGCGCGGAACUGGGCGGAACCUGGACCAUCCCGGGCGGGUCUGGCUAUGGUCGACACUUCCCCGCGGCCCAGAUGUCACACUGACUAACUUGGACCGGUCUCCGCUCGGACUCCGGGGCUGUUACGCAACUUGCAGGAGUGUUUUGGGAUCAGUCGUGAGCUCGGACUUCCGGGUGUGUGUGUGUGUGUGUUUACCGCGGAACGGUCGUGACAGGCGCCAAACUGGAUUCGUUAUUGCCGACAUGCACACGAGUGGACCUGCGCGGUCGUGGUUCUGACUGGACCCGGGGCAGAUCCCGCUCCUCCAUGGAGCUCCGGAGCAGAUCCUGAGCCGCGAACACGAUGAGUCAGGAGCCCGAGGUGAUUUCCCUGACGGUGCCCAGCUUGGCCAGAGAAGCCCCGGGCGAUGGCUACAGCGCAGCCGCCGGCGGGCUCCCAGCAGCGGGCACUUUCUGGCAGGACUCCGGGGUCGGAGGCGGAGGGCUCAGUCCGACCGGGAUGAGCUGCCCGAUGGAGCCCGGCGCAGGGCCACUCUCCCCGGGGAAGCCGCCCAAGAGCAGGCCGGUGACGGUGGCGUACGUGCUGAACGGAGACGCGAGCCAGCAGAAUCCCGCCGAGAGCCUGGCCCUGCAGAGCCUGAGGGACGCGUGCGACGCGCUCGGCAGCCGCCUGGAGACCGUCAACUUCGGCAAGCUGGACUUCGGAGAGACCGCGGUGUUGGACCGCUUCUACAACGCAGACAUCGCGGUGGUGGAGAUGACCGACGCCUUCCGCCAGCCGUCCCUCUUCUACCACCUGGGGGUGCGAGAGAGCUUCUGCAUGGCCAACAACAUCAUCCUGUACUGCGACACCAACUCUGACUCCAUCCAGUCGCUGCAGGAGAUCAUCUGCCAGAAGAACACUAGCUGCUCGGCCAACUACACCUUCAUCCCCUACAUGGUGACGCCGCACAGCAAGGUGUACUGCUGCGACGGCAGCCUGAUGAAGGGCCUGACCCAGCUGAUGCAGCCCAGCCUGGAGGUGCUGCUGGGCCCGCUCUGCCUGCCGCUGCUGGAGCGCUUCAUCCAGCUGCUGAAGGUGUCAGAGGGAAACUCGCACCAGUACUUUCGUGAAACCAUCCUGAGCGAGAUCCGCAAGGCCCGCGAGCUCUACACCGGGAUGGAGCUGGCUGCCGAGCUGAACCGGAUCCAGCAGCGCCUGGACAACGUGGAGUGUUUGUCUGUGGACAUCGUCAUCAACCUGCUGCUGACGUACCGAGACAUACAGGACUACGAGUCUAUCAUCAAACUGGUAGAGACCCUGGAGAAGCUGCCCACCUUUGACCCCAUGGCUCACCCCCACGUCAAGUUCCACUACGCCUUCGCUCUGAAUCGGCGGAAUGUGCCCGGGGACAGACAGAAGGCUCUGGACAUCAUGCUCCCCCUGGUGGAGGGCGAGGACCAGGUGGCGUCGGACAUCUACUGCCUGGUGGGACGGAUCUACAAGGACAUGUUCCUGGAGUCUCACUUCACGGACACUCAGAGUCGAGACAGCGGCACGCUGUGGUUCAGGCGCGGGUUCGAGUCGGAGCCCACGCUGCACUCAGGCAUCAACUACGCCGUGCUGCUGCUGGCCGCCGGGCAGCAGUUCGAGACUUCCUUCGAGCUUCGCAAAGUGGGGGUGAAGCUGAGCAGCCUGCUGGGGAAGAAGGGCAGCCUGGACAAGCUGCAGAGCUACUGGGACGUGGGCUUCUUCCUGGGCGCCAGCAUCCUGGCCCGCGACAACACCCGGGUCGUCCAGGCCUCCGAGAAGCUCUUCAAGCUCAAAGCGCCCGUCUGGUACCUGCGCUCCCUGGUGGAGACCAUCCUCAUCUACCAGCACUUCACCAAGCCCAGCACAGAGCAGCCGGCGCCCAAGCAGGAGCUGGUGGACUUCUGGAUGGACUUCCUGGUGGAGGCCACCAAGAAGGACGUGUCGUCGGUCAGAUUCCCGGUUCUGAUUCUGGAGCCCACCAAGAUCUACCAGCCGUCGUACCUGUCCAUCAACAAGGACGUGGACGACAACACCGUCUCCAUCUGGCAUGUUGCUCCCGACGACAAGCAACAGGGGAUUCACGAGUGGAACUUCAGCGCCACCUCUGUUCGCGGUGUCAGCAUCUCCAAGUUCGACGAGCGCAGCGCCUUCCUCUACGUGCUCCACAACGCAGAGGACUUCCAGAUCUACUUCUGCACGGAGAUGCACUGCAGGAGAUUCUGUGAUCUGGUCAACAGCAUCACCGAGGAGGCCUGGAGGGGCCCGGAGGAGGGUGACUGUGACAACGACGCCUUGGAGUACGACUACGAGUACGACGAGCACGGCGAGCGGGUGGUUCUGGGCAAAGGCACGUUCGGCGUGGUGUACGCGGGUCGUGACCUGAGCAACCAGGUCCGCCUGGCCAUCAAGGAGAUCCCAGAGAGGGACAGCAGGUACUCGCAGCCGCUGCACGAGGAGAUCGCGCUGCACAAACACCUGAAGCACAAGAACAUCGUGCAGUACCUGGGCUCCAUCAGCGAGAACGGCUUCAUCAAGAUCUUCAUGGAGCAGGUGCCUGGAGGCAGUCUGUCGGCGCUGCUGCGCUCCAAGUGGGGCCCGCUGAAGAAGAACGAGCCCACCAUCGGCUUCUACACCCGGCAGAUCCUCGAGGGGCUCAAGUACCUGCACGACAACCAGAUCGCUCACCGAGACAUUAAGGGUGACAACGUGCUCAUCAACACCUACAGCGGCGUCCUGAAGAUCUCCGACUUCGGCACGUCCAAGAGGCUGGCGGGAAUUAACCCCUGCACCGAGACCUUCACAGGCACGCUCCAGUACAUGGCUCCAGAGAUCAUCGACAAAGGCCCUCGGGGUUACGGCAAGCCGGCCGACAUCUGGUCCCUGGGCUGCACCAUCAUCGAGAUGGCUACCGGGAGGCCGCCGUUCUACGAGCUGGGCGAGCCGCAGGCCGCCAUGUUCAAGGUCGGGAUGUUCAAGAUCCACCCGGAGAUCCCGGAGUCCAUGUCCCCGGAGGCCAAGGCCUUCAUCCUGCGCUGCUUCGAGCCCGACCCGGACCGCCGGGCCACGGCCUUCGACCUGCUGACGGACGAGUUCCUCACUGUCACCAGCCGCAAGAAGAAGAGCAAAAGCUACAUGGGUCUGACUCCGGGCUCAGAGUACCUGCGCAGCAUCUCCCUGCCGGUGCCGGUGGUGGUGGAGGACACCACCAGCAGCAGCAGCGAGUACGGCUCCGUCUCCCCGGACAACGAGCUCAACACGAACCCCUUCAACUUCAAGCCCAGCGUCAAGUGCUACAGCGAGAGAGACGUCAAGGGGCCGGGGCCGCGCUCGCUCUUCCUCAGCAUCCCGGUGGAGAACUUCGAGGACCACAGUGCUCCUCCGUCUCCAGAUGAGAAGGACUCCGGCUUCUUCAUGCUCCGCAAAGACAGCGAGCGGCGUGCGACGCUGCACCACAUCCUGACGGAGGACCGGGACAAAGUGGUGACCAACCUGAUGGAGGCGCUGUCGCAGGGCUGCGAGGAGACGCGGCUGAAGCCGCAGCACAUCUCCACGCUGGUGGUCAGUCUGGCCGACUUCGUCCGGAUGGCCGACCGGAAGAUCAUCGCCAGCACGCUGUCGCAGCUGAAGCUGGAGCUGGACUUCGACAGCACGGCCAUCAGCCAGCUGCAGGUGGCGCUCUUCGGCCUCCAGGAUGCGAUCAACAAGGUGCUGAGGAACCACAACAUCAAACCUCACUGGAUGUUUGCUCUGGACAACAUCAUCCGUAAAGCCGUGCAGACGGCCAUCACCAUCCUGGUGCCAGAACUGCGUCCUCACUUCAGCCUGGCGUCGGAGAGCGACGCGGCCGACCAGGAGGACGAGGACGCAGCGAGGACCGCGGCCCGCCAGAGCCGAGCGCCCGCGGCGGCCUCUCACGACGACACGGUGGCCACGUCGGGGGUCAGCACGCUCAGCUCCACCGUGUCCCACGCAUCGCACGCCGAGCCGCACGCUGUGAGUCUGGAGCUCAGCCGCAUGAAGCUGGAGACCAACAGGCUGCUGCAGCAGCUGCUGGAGAAGGAGCGUGAGUACCAGCUGGUGCUGCGGCAGGUGCUGGACGAGCGCGAGCAGCAGAUAUCGCUGCUGCGGCUGCGAGAACGAAGGUCACGCUCUCUCUCUGUCCCUCCAGAGUCCGCGGCGUCAUGUGACCCAGAGCGUCAGCGGCCGGCAGAUCCUCGCCAAGACCUGGAGCUGAGCCACUGGCUGAAGGUCCGCGGCGUGGACCAGGCAUCUGUGGACCUGAUACUGAGUGAGGAGUUCACACUGCCCAACAUCCUCCACGACGUGACCAGAGAGGACCUGAAGAGUCUCAGACUCAGAGGCGGAGUCUUGUGUAAACUGUGGAAGGCCAUCGUGGAGCACCGGCGCCACCAAACCUGAGGCCUUACGGCGUGACGGAGCCCUCGCCGCCGUCCUCACUGCUCAGUAUUCCGCCGCGUUACCUCAGUAUUUAUGGAGCUGCCCCAGUGAAGCUCGUCGCCUGAGAGUCGGGUGUUCGGAGCGGGCGCAGACUCCGAGCCACAAUCCCGGAGUGCCACUUUUUUUCUAACGCCAGUCGGACUUCAGAGGAGACUCGGUCCCGGAGGUGGUGGAAGCAGGUUCUCCUGUCGUUUACAAACUGGACCGUUUUCUAGUUCAAGCCUGAGACACAAACUCACGGGGGUCGAGCGUUUUUAAUCGGCUCUUUUCCACCGCUACCGCUUUAUUUAAAUGUCUUAAUUUAACUCGAAGGAUGUGGCUGCAUGCCCGUUGUCAGUAAGUUAAAACGUCUGUUAAAACAUGUAAAUAUUGUGGGGAAUGACCUGUGAAUUCUUAAUAUCAGAUUCUACUGCAGAGAGUUGCGUCACUGCUGUGGAGGUGUGGCGAAGUCCUGCAAACCCUGGUGAUGACCUCUGACCACCUUUGUCCUUCUGUUUCAAGUUGACCUGUUGUGAGUUCCUGUUUGAAAAUAAAGCGAAAUCCUGCCACAA